AUGCUACUCCUCCUGAACUCCCUCGCCAAAUACUUCAGUCUAGUCCCCGACCGAACCGAAACGAUACUUUUGAUUGCUGUUUACAUCAACUUCGACCUCGAGAACUCGAAAUCCACCGAAAUCACCCAUCUUUCAAAUACCACCGUCCCCAAACCGUCCCACGACUACGAUCCAGUCCAGAUGUUUCGAUACGAGACGGAGCUUCCAAUUUUCUACAUGUCAUGUUCAAAUUACUAA